GAUCCCUAUGGAAAUUGGUCCCCAUUCUGAGGAGAGGACCAAUGCAUUCUUGGCUUUGUCCCCCGAGACUCGUCUUUACUCGAAUCUCAAAAAGGAAUUCAGAGGUAUGGCUAUUUACUCCCCUUCUAUAAGUCCCAUUCGUGUUGGAUUGAGGCGUUCUGUCCGGAACAUAUCUAAGUCUCCUAGCUCGUUUCAAGAUGCCUCAGUUGUAUCAAUUGAUAGUACUGACAAUGGCGAAGACGACACUACAAGUGUUACCGACGACGUUUUCACCCUGCCUGCUGUAAUUGAAUGUGCUUCGUCCAUGCAUAACGCCCCCAACCUUAAUCUGAAAUCGGCUGCUGGCACUUCAUCUUCAUCAGGGGUUCGUAAGGCUCUUGACCCUACUGAACUCUUGCAUUUGAAAUCCAAGAAGAGAAGGUUGAUGCCUCCGCUUCCCCCAGCGACUCCUUCCACUGCUGCGACAACUUGUUCGCUUCCUGUUGUUGCUCCAAGCUUGAAAGAUGGUGCACAAGAGACAACUCUCAAAGCUGGUUUCUCUGCCAACUUUUG